AGAAGGAAGGGGGGAAAGUGAGGAGGAAACAGGUUUAGAAAUAACAGAAACUUCAGAAACAAAAAGGAUUAAAGUGGAGCAAAAGGAGGUCAUUGAAGUAGAUCCUUUUCCUUCUCCUUUUUCAGAUGAAAAAUCCUCAUUGCCCUUGACUCAAAGUGCCACGACAUCCUCAUUCCCAACGGCUGAAGGUGUUGUAGAUGAAAAAUCUUCAUUUCCCUUGACUCAAGGAGCCGCAGAAUCCUUAUUGCCCUCGGCUGAAGGUGUCGUAGAUACCUCAGUGCCAACUACUCAAGUUGCCGCAGCAUCAUCACUGCUGCUCCUAACUGAUGGUGCAACACAAUCCUCUUUGCCUGUGGCUCAAGUACUGUCAGCCACUCUUAAUAAGAAAUUGAAGGAAAUCUCAGAAACAAAAGAAAGUGGGGAAAGUGAGGAAGCUGAUGUUCUGAGUGACACCUGGUCCAACUCCUCUUUUGAAAGCAUGAAAGUAUCAGAAAUAUCAGAAUUGAUGGCACUGCUAACGCCAUUACAUAGCCUCAAAAUUGAAGGAUGUGAUAAUCUGACGUUCAUACCUAAAAGUGUGAUAAAGAACCCGUCUCUCCAACAUUUGUAUAUCAUUAAUUGUUGCUCUCUCGAGUCCUUUUUCUAUGAAGGAAUGGCCUUGAAAAUUCUUUAUAUCCGGAAUUGCAAGAAAUUAUAUUUUCCCCUCACAAAUGAGAAUAUACAGCUGGAUAAACUUGAAGAUUUGAGUGUAGGGAGUAGCUGUGAUUCCCUGACAGACCUCUCCUUACACUUGUUUCCAGAACUUAGAAGUCUUUCUAUUUGGGAUUGUGCAAAGCUGCAGAAACUUUCAAUGCCAGAAAAAGGUCAGAUAGAACUCACAUCUCUUGAGGCCUUGGAGAUCAGGGAUUGUCCUAAUCCGGAAUAUUUUCCAACAGGAGGAUUGCCUACCCCCAAUUUGAAGUCCAUUUGGUUCUCUAAUUGCAAGAGUCUCAAGAAACUACCUGAUCAGUUGGGCACUCUUGAAUAUCUCACGUCAAUGUUCAUAAAUGAUUGCCCAGAACUUGAAUCACUCUCAAAACAGGUUUUGCCUUCGAAACAUAGUUUACUCAGGAUCUCUUCCUGCAACAAACUCAUUUCCGGGAAGAAGUGGGGGUUGCAUGGGCUUGCCAGUCUCUGUCUUUUGGAGAUUGAAGGUGAAUGUAAAAACGUGGAGUCAUUUCCAGUGGAAGGAUUACUGCCCAGCAAUCUCAGUUCUCUAUGCAUCAGUGGACUUUUGGAUCUCAAAAAGUUGGACAACACGGGCCUAAAGAAACUUGAGUCUCUUAAAACACUGGAGAUUAGCUGCUGUCGCCAACUCCAGUCCUUGCCAGAAGAUGGUUUUCCAUCCUCCCUCUCUUUCCUCUGCAUCAAGGAGUGUCCAUUGUUGGAACCAAAACUCCAAAAUAAGAAUGGAGAAGAUUGGUACAAGAUAGCUCAUAUUUCUUGCAUUGAAAUUGAUGAGGAAGUAAUCUCAUGAGCGGGGCUU